AAAUGUGUGGUAUUUUCGCAGUUUUUAAUUAUCAGGGUGACAUCCACAACUUUCGUCGACGGGCCUUAUUACUUUCUAAAAGAAUAAGACAUAGGGGCCCUAAUUGGAGUGGGUGUGAAAUUUCGGGUAACAAUAUCAUUUGCCACGAACGACUAGCAAUAGUUGGUGUUGACAGUGGUGCUCAGCCACUCACUAAUGAUGACAAAUCUAUAAUUCUUUCUGUCAAUG